AUGGAGGAGAUUGAGGAGGUAUGGAGUAGAUUGCGGCUCAGUGAGGAGGAAAACACUCCGAUCGUAGUGAGUGAAGGACAGAAGGAUAGUGAUCGACGAAUGGGGGAACAGAGUUUAGUGGGGAAGAUUUGUACGACAAGGAGAAUCGAGAAGCAGACAGUGAAAGGAUUAAUGGAGAAGAUCUGGAAGGUUAGUUUACCUUUGGACUUUGAAGAAAUUAGUCUGAAUUGUUUUGUGAUUACAUUUGCAAGUUCAAGGGAUAAAACGAGAGUUUUAGAGGGCUGUCCUUGGCUCUUUGAAAACUAUUUGUUUGUGUUAAGAGAUUAUAACAGUGAGAUCCAGCCAAAUUUAAUGAACUUUGACUAUGAGAAGUUGUGGAUUCAAAUGCACAAUUUACCACUCGGUUAUAUGAAUAAAAGGAUGGGUGAGGAGAUUGGAAGCUCGGUUGGGAAGGUGAUUGAGGUAGAUGUAGAUGAGGAGGGGUGGGCAUGGGGAAGAUGUUUGAAAGUUAGAAUAGAAUGCAACUUGAAAGCUCCAUUGGCUCGGGGUAGAACUGUCAAGGUAGCAGGAGGACAGAUCUGGGUGCCAUUCCAAUAUGAGAAGCUUCCUAGGAUGUGCUUCCAAUGUGGAUGCAUAGUGCAUAGUAGGGAGGGAUGUUCUGUGGGGGAAGUUUCUGGAAAGAAUCAAUUUGGUACCUGGCUGAGAGCAUCAGUGAGCAUUAAAAAACAAAGUCAGCAAAAGGAAAAUAAAAAAAGGGAAAUUGUAAGUGGUGAUGGAGAGGGGAUGAUGGAAAUUAGGGAUUCUAAAGGAAAAAUAAGGAGUGAAGGAGUAGUGUUUGAGGAAAUUCCUGUCGAAGUUCAUAAGGGAGAUGAAAAGAGUGGAGGUAGGGAAGAUACUGAAUUAAAAGACCAUGAAUCAGAUGUGCAGGAGGAGGGGCUCAACUCAGCUGUGACCUCCAUUGAGCAUUCUGCAGUGAUAGCAGAGGUUAAUUUGGAGGUGGAGAAGAUUGAUGAAGAGGAAUUGCAAGACAAGGGUACACAAGUAGAGAAAAAAAAGUGUUGGAAGAGAAGAGUAAGGGGAAGGGGUCAGGUGAGUCAGGUUUGCUCUUUAAAACUGAAUUCUAAACGUGCAAAAUCUGAGGAGGAUGUGGAAAUGUUGUUGUUAGGGGGUGGAAAAAAGGCAAGACUGAAUGAGGGAGCAGAGCCUGUGUAUAAUCUCUGUGAGGUGGAGGCUGUUGAGCAGCCCUACCUGGCAUUAUGA